GACUAACGGAAAUGAAUUACCAUUUUACCUUUGUGUAGCCCCUUGAUACAGCCUCCUCAAGGAUGCAGACGACUGCCUUUGGAAAAUCCAAGGGAUUGUGGAAUACCCUUACAGAGGGAAGUUGGAGUGAUGCUUUUGAUGGACUUGGAAUCUCGCUGUUGCUUACGUCGAAUCCGGCAAUUCAGUAUACAGUGUUUGAUCAGCUAAAACAAAGACUCCUGAAGCAAAAGUUGGAUAAACGCGACAAGGGUUCAUCCCCUGAAGCUCUUUCUGCCUUUUCCGCAUUUGUAUUAGGGGCAGCCUCGAAGAGUGUUGCUACCUUUCUGACUUAUCCUGCAAUCAGGUGUAAGGUCAUGAUACAAGCAGCAGAACCAGAUGACGAUUAUGACGGAAUCAAAAAACCGCGGCCAAAGUCUCAGAAAACGGUGCUCGGUGUUCUCUACUCUAUAUGGAAAUCUGAAGGGGUACUCGGCUUCUUCAAGGGACUGCAGGCUCAGAUCUUGAAGACUGUUCUGAGCUCAGCAUUGCUCUUGAUGAUCAAGGAGAAAAUCACCAAUACUACUUGGGUUCUUAUAGUUGCAAUCAGAAGGUAUCUUUUGCUAACAAGGGGAAGGCUAAAAAGUGCUUAGAGCUUGUUCGGCAGGAGAGAAAAGUGGAAGGAGUGAGAAGGGACAGGGAACAGUGGAAGGAUUUUGUUACCAGUAAUUGUUUGGUCAGAGAGAAAAGAGAUGGGAAUAAAUUGUGCGAGGAUUUCAAAUCCUUCAAAGUGGUCCAAUUUCAAUCUCUCCAAAUAUAAAGCGAUGAGUAUUUGGAGAGAUUAGAGGAUGGAGUCCACACCAAAUACAUUAAGAGAAAGGUCGUCUCCUUUCUCUCUGUUUUCCUUACAUGGGUUAUAUGCAUUUCUUUCCUUCCUAUUUUUUUUUCCUCUUACCAAACGUAGUCUUAACGACACUCGCCGCCUCCCCAGGAAUAUGCUUGAACGACAUGUAAAUUAAAUAGGUGUGAGCUUAUUUAAUAAUUUGGAUUAGAUCUCUUUAGAGUUCAGAGACCAAUUUCCAGAGGAAGAUUUUCAUUUGUGAUAAAUGAUGUUCCCCAUAAGGCAUGGGGAAGAUGCCAAUUUGUUGGAGCUCAUCCUUGGAGACAAUUUUAUUUUAGAGAAAUAAUGUAGCGUGGAAAUUUUUUUCCUGCAAAAAACAUUGAUCAAUUCACAUGUAAAAUUUUUUAUCCAA